GCCAAGACCGCUCUUCUUGCGCGCGCGCCGCCGUCGAGGUCAAGGGUUUCUAGUGGCAUCCGAAGGGAAAGGUCGAAGCGGCACUCGGCACGGCCCCCAUCGCAUCCCCCGCCACCGCGUCUUCCCAAUCCCACUCGUCCCUCCAUCUGCCUGCAUUUAACGAGCAGCAGGGCGCCUCUUGGCUCCUGGGAUCCUACACCAGGUCACCAGCUGCUGUGGCUGCUAGCCACCAAUUCGCGCACUACCUCGCCUGCAACUUCUGGUAAGCAAAAUCUCUUCUUGUUUCCCCCUCUCGCCCCAGCUGAUGUGAAUAUGUGAUCUUUGUUCGGACGCGCUGCUAUGGUGGUGUCUUGCUCUUUCUCGAUGGCCAGGCGCUAGCUAGAUCAAGUUGACCCUGCAGAUCAGCCUGAACAUGGGCGGCGGCGGCGACAUCGACUGCGUGCUGCGCCGCCCUUGCCCCGCCGGCGCCGACGAUGUCACUCUCGUUCUCGUCGGAAAGGUUGGCUCCGGCAAGAGCGCCACCGCCAAUAGCAUCCUGGGUUUCAAUGCGUUCGCGUCGGAGUACUCCUACACCAGCGUCACCGAGACGUGCCAGAUGAGGAGCACGACGCUUAGCUUCGGCGACGCGGCGCCGCCGCGCACCGUCCAUGUCAUCGACACGCCUGGGCUGUAUGACAUAAAUGUCAAAACCGAAGACACCCAUAAGGAGAUUGCCAAGUGCCUGGAUAUGUCCAGGGAGGGCAUCCAUGCCAUGCUCAUGGUUUUCUCAGCUGCUACUAGGUUUACGCCUGAAGAUGCGGAUACAAUCAAGUCCAUCACAAUGUUUUUCGGGGAUAAGAUUGUUGACCAUAUGAUACUAGUUUUCACAUAUGGGGAUCAGGUAGGUGAGAUGACCUGGAGGAAGAUGCUAACUGACAAGAACGCAAGAUAUCUGCAGGACACAAUACAGGCAUGCAGAGAUAGGGUCCUUCUCUUUGACAACAAGUCCAAUGAUGAGCUGAAACUACACAAACAACUAGCAGAAUUGUUCGAUGCAGUGGACUCUGUAAUAGCACGCAAUAGAGGAAAACCCUUCACAAACCAGAUGUUCGCUCAGAUUCAGCAAGUGUAUGCAACAAAAGAAGACCUUCGUGUCGAGGCUGAACAGAUGUUGAAAUCUCAGAAAGAGAUAUAUGAUGGGCAUAUUAUGCAGAUUGCAAAGAUGGUGGAGGAAAAGCUUAACACUACAAUAGAGAGUCUGCAACAACAACUAAGGGAGGAGCAAAAGGCAAGACAGGAAACCGAGGAAAAGGUGAGAGAAGCAAUGCAGAGAUCAGAGGAGGAGACCCAAAGGCUAAGAGAGGACCUUGAGAAGGCCCUGCAAGACAGUGAUAAAACGCGUCAGUUUUAUGAGAAGUUCAAAUGGAUGGAGUGCACCAUUAUGUGAUCGUCUUCAAAUGGGAAAUUGUUCAGCAUGGUUCAUGUAGGAUUUCUAUCUGCUUUUUUGACUGGAGACUCAGUGCCAGUACUAGAUGAACUUCUGUCUCGUGCUAUUUAUAUGCUCUGAAGUCUUAACCUUGGUAUUAGUGCGUGGUCAUCUAGUUAUGAAUUCAUCUAUCAAGAAAAACCUAGUUGAGUUCCUAUUUCAGUAAAAUAUUGCAAAUUGAUGUGAUG